AUGUCUUUCCUUGCCCGUAGCGCUUUUCGCGCCGUUUUGCGCCCCCGCUACCGCGGAUACUCUACUGCUACUGAGGAGUAUAUCUCUGAGCUUUCUCCCAACGCCAAGAGCCCUUACCUUGCCGAGCUGCAGGCCGUUGAGCACCACGGUGCAGAAACCGGUGAGCUUUGGAGAAAGAUCAGUUACUAUGUCUGCCUCCCUGCCAUCGCUGUAUGCAGUGCUUGGGUGUACAAGCUUGAGGUUGCCCACAUGGAGCAUUUGGAGCAUCUUAGGCACGAGAAUGACGGCAAACUCCCUGAGCCUCCUGCCUACGAGUACUUGAACCGCCGCGUUAGGCCUUAUCCCUGGGGACCUAACACUCUUUUCUUUAAUGCUUCAGUCAACAAGGAUAUGGCCGAAGAGUAGAUAUUCGUACAACGUAAUGUUGAAUAUUGCAUGCCAAAUGAAUUACUGGUUGAUGCCUUGUUGAUUUGACUCCAUUUUUCUGGCGUUAAGCUUCAAAAUGUUAAGUUUGCAAAUACUACAUUAGUGUAUAUAUACCACAGUAUGUACUGAAAGUCCAGAAACACUUCUGUCGUCUUAGGGAAGAGAGUCCAUUGUAGUAGCUACGAGGAGUCUGUGGAAACGUUUUAAUAUCUACAAAAAUGUGGCCC